AACUCACUCUUUUUCUCGUAUAUAUAUAUACGCUCUGCCUCUCCUCACAAACACAACAAACAACUGAUUUUCCAGAGAGAGAAUGAGUCUGGAAGCAGUGAUAUACCAGCAAGAUCCAUUCAUCUAUGGCUGCAUAGAUUACAACUACACUACUGAUUUGGGGGUUGAAGAAAAGGUCAUUAAUGUUGAUCAACAGAGUGCAAUUGCUUAUAAUUGGGAGUCAUCUCCGCCGUCUUCUGUUGCUCUUAACACACCGGAGGCACGCCCCAAGAGGCGGCGGAGCAAGCCCUCCAAGAACAAGGAGGAGCUCGAGACCCAAAGGAUGACUCAUAUCGCCGUCGAGAGGAAUCGUCGCCGCCAGAUGAACGACUACCUCGCCGUCCUCCGCUCCUUGAUGCCUCCUUCCUAUGCUCAACGGGGAGAUCAAGCAUCAAUUGUUGGUGGUGCAAUCAAUUUUGUGAAGGAACUUGAACACCAAGUUCAAUUCAUGGAAGCUUACAAGUUUAGGGAUGGGCAACAAGUCAGAGCCGUGGCCACUUGUUCCGACAUAUUCUCGAAUUUCUUCACUUUCCCUCAAUACUCUAGGCCUUCAAGUAUCGCGAUGAACGUCGCGGUGGAGAGGCAUUCGAGCAUCGCGGAUAUCGAGGUGACUAAGGUGGAGAGUCAUGCAAGCAUUAAGAUCCAGGCAAAGAGAAAGCCAAAGCAACUCCUCAAAAUGGUGGCCGAAUUUCAAUCCUUUUGCCUCAACAUUCUCCAUCUUAACAUCACAACCGUUGAUCAAUCGGUUCUAUACUCUUUCAGUGUAAAGGUAUGUUCUCCGCGUUUUAUCUCUUUCUUCUUUCCUUUUUUACAGGCAAAAGAAAAGAAAUUUAAAGACUAUAUAAUGAUGGACUCGAAACCUAGACCCAUAUCUUCGUGCAUCAGGCACUCUAUCACUAGGUCAACUCUUACUAUUGAAAUAGUUAAUGGGUGUAUACCUUAUUUCAUUUCAGAUUCACAUCACUGGCAGCCACUAGAAAAUUAUAAGCAAAAAAGAAAAAAAAAAUGUCACUGUAGAUGAAAUGUAGGUGUCCAAAUCACAUGUAUAUAUUGUCUUCAUAAUUGUGCGUUCAAUAUGCAUCUUAACAACAGUUAUAUA